UGUUUUUCUGUUUCCUCCUCAGUUGCAAACUUGCAACAAUCAAGGCAACACGAAGGUUUGUCGUUCUCGUGCUCUCAAGUGUUGCUGAUGCUCAUCUUAUCGCGCCAUCGGUGAAAUUUUUAAGAUUCUAAAUUCAAAAGAUAUUCCCUCAUCUAACGACUCCAUUCGAGACUCCGAGUUCGUUUCUUAACAACGUGCUUUUACAUUUCUGUUCGUCGCCAAGGAGAGAGAAAAUGACAGAGGCUGAUGUACAUUCUUCAGAGAGAGGUUUGUUCAAAGAAGUCGAGUUCUCAUUGACAAGCGGAAUGGAUGUGAGAUGCGCAACUUUCCAUCCAAUCGAUCCUGUUCUGGCAUGUGGCUUAGGUAAAGGAAAUUUAGCUUUUCUUCGCGGAUCUCAUCACUCUACACCGUUUGAAAAUUGGGAGAUUGAACCCAAACAAUACCGAUAUGGAAGGAUAAUCUUAUCCGUCCAAUGGAACGCUGAUGGAACUAAAGUUGCUGCUGGCUCUGAUGAUGGCACUGUCAGCGUUUGGUCUUACCCAGGGGAUGGCAAACAAGUAUUCCGAAGAAAUGGACGAUCACAUUUUCCAUUAAUUAUUUGGAACCCAUUUAACCCAGAUGUCUUUGCUAGUUAUAACAAUGCGUUGGACACCAAACAGGUGAUGAUUGCCAAUUUUGCAAAUGAAAAACCCCUCAGCCAUGCCAUCGAAUCAUAUUUGAACUGUCAGACCGUGGCCUGGAUCUCGUACAAACAACUCGCCUUUGGCUAUGACGAUGGAACGUUUGAAGUUCAUGAACUAGGAUUGUCACAAAUUGGGUUAUUGAACAGCGAAAUGGUACAAAAAAUCGGGCACGACUUUGGUGAUGAUGAACAUGAUCGUGCAACUUCUUCGCAUCCCGAAUUUCAAAGCGAAUUACGAUGCUCUGUAUCGAAUAUCGCCAUGAACAUGGAAUUGGGUCUAUUGGCUUCAGUUGGAACAGACCGACGAGUCAAGCUUUGGUUUCGGGGCACUAACGAUCCCACUCGUAUAGUAAAGUUCCCGCUUCAACUCAAUGAUCUAGAUUCCAAUUGUAAAAGUUUGGUAUGGUGUUCUGACAUCAAAAAACGAAAGAAAGCUUUUCUUGCAUGCGGAUUAGAAAAUGGAACCAUUGUGAUUUGGUACCUGGGUUCAAAUGAGACACUAAAACUUUCAGGACUUGAUCAAAUCCAUCAGUUAUUACUUUCACCUGACAAACGCUAUCUCGCAUCGAUUGAUUAUUUCAAGAAAUUGAUUAUCUGGUGUACCGAGAGUUGGGAGGCCAUAUACAUCUUACCCUCAUCAGGGUUUAAGUAUCCAUACGUGAUGACAUGGGAUGCUGCCAGUUCCAAGUUAGGAAUUUCAGGUCGAAGAGGCCAGGGACAGUUCAAUGUGAUUGAAUAUGGCGUGGCUGAAAAAUGCUGUGCCGUUUGCAAGAAAACUUCAGAAAAUCUGAAGCGUUGUAGCCGGUGCAGAUCAAUCUACUAUUGCGGCAGGGAGUGUCAGCGUUCACACUGGCCCCAACAUAAACGUGAUUGCAAUAGAAAUGAAUAAGUUUGGCCGGAAUUUCACAAGGAAAAAGUUGUAUCCGAUCGAGAAAAUUUCAAUGUGGACUGGUAAAUGUCAUAAAUGUCCUGUAACAACAAAAGAGUUGGAAAAUACAUUCAAACUUAGAA